GGAACCUUAUAUUUAGCACUGAGCUGAGCUUUGCAGAGACAAACAGGAAGUAAAGAAAAAACAGAGAGGCAAACAAGAGAGAGAGCUCUUGAAAUCUUCAAUGAAGAAACAAGGCAGUGAGAUUGAGGCAGUAGGCAUCUCCUACAAGAUUAAUCACACACCCCACCGCAACUUCUUCAACAUCUUCAGCCAAAACAAACAACCUGCUUCUGCUUCUGCUUGUGCUGCAAAAGUGGCUGUAGUAGCAGUUGAGGAUGAUAGAAGAUCAUCGAGAGGAAGAGCAGGAGGAGUUGGUGGGCAAGAAGUCCUCAAGGACGUCAACUUGCGAGCAAGGCCAUGGGAGAUCCUCGCCAUUGUUGGUCCCAGUGGAGCUGGUAAAUCUUCCCUCCUUGAGAUUCUCGCCGGCAAACUCACCCCGCACGGCGGUUCUGUUUUCGUCAACCAAAAGCCUCUCCGCCAACCCUACUUCAACAAGGUCUCCGGCUACGUCACCCAAAAGGACACCUUGUUUCCUUUGCUUACAGUCGAAGAAACCCUAAUGUUCAGCGCCAAGCUCAGGCUCAGGGUUUCUCCCCUUGAGCUCAGCUCCCGCGUCAAGGCCUUAAUCAACGAGCUCGGCCUCGCCCAUGUCGCCGCCGCCAGAGUCGGAGACGACAGAGUUCGGGGGAUCUCCGGCGGAGAGAGGCGGCGUGUCUCCAUCGGAGUCGACGUCAUCCACGACCCCGAAGUGCUCAUCCUCGACGAGCCCACUUCCGGGCUUGACAGCACCUCCGCCCUUCAGAUCAUUGACAUGCUCAAGACCAUGGCUGAGACCAGGGGCAGAACCGUCAUUCUGAGCAUUCAUCAGCCGGGAUUCAGAAUUGUGAAGCUCUUCAACUCAAUCCUUUUGCUGGCCAACGGCUCCGUCCUCCACCACGGCACCGUCGAUCAUCUCGGCCUCAACUUAAGGCUCAUGGGGUUGGAGCUCCCUCUUCAUGUCAACGUCGUCGAGUUUGCAAUCGACUCCAUCGAAACCAUUCAACAACAACACCAUUCCGCACCACACAAUAAUAUUCUUGUUCUUGAUCGUCAAAGUCGAACUGGUAAGCUGACUCUGCAGCAGCUGUUUCAACAAUCGAAGACCAAUAAUAGUAAUGCCGGUGGCGGAGGCGGAGGAGGAGUAGUGCCACUUGAAGUUGACGACGAUAAAAUCACCAGUAAUGAAGUUUUUCCCGAUUUGGAUUUUACUAAUUCGAGACUGCGAGAGACGAUGAUCCUGAGUCAUAGGUUCUCGAAGAACAUAUUCCGAACAAAGGAGCUGUUCGCGUGCCGGACAAUUCAGAUGCUCGUCUCCGGACUAGUUCUAGGCUCCAUCUUUUACGACCUCAAAGACGAUCGCACCGGAGCCGAGGAAAGGGUAGGUCUAUUCGCAUUCAUUUUAACGUUUUUGCUGUCGUGCACGACGGAAGCACUGCCGAUAUUUCUUCAAGAGAGGGAGAUUCUGAUGAAGGAGACUUGUUGCGGAAGCUACAGGGUCUCGUCUUACGCCAUCGCCAACGGAUUGGUUUACCUGCCCUUUCUACUAAUCCUGGCCGUCCUUUUCACUCUGCCGCUGUACUGGCUGGUCGGACUCAACCCUAACUUCACGGCCUUCUUCCAUUUCUUGUUGUUGAUAUGGUUGAUACUAUACACUGCGAAUUCCGUGGUGGUGUGUUUCAGUGCACUCGUGCCUAAUUUCAUCGUGGGAAACUCGGUCAUUGCCGGCGUCAUGGGGUCUUUCUUUCUCUUCUCCGGUUACUUCAUCUCCAAGCAUGAGAUUCCCGGGUACUGGAUUUUCAUGCACUACAUAUCGCUGUUCAAGUAUCCAUUCGAAGGGUUUCUGAUAAACGAGUUCUCAGGGUCGGACAAGUGCUUGGAGUAUUUCUUUGGGAGGUGUAUGGUGACGGGAGAAGAAGUUCUCAGAGAUGAAGGGUAUGGGGAGGAGAGCCGGUGGAGGAAUGUGGCGGUCAUGGUCUGCUUCGUCUUGUUUUACAGGUUUAUUUCUUAUGUCAUUCUUAGAUGUAGAUGUCGAUGCUCCCAGUCCCAAAGGGGCUUCAAACCUACUCCUCCUCCUACGCUCACUGCACCUCCUUUUCUUUAACUAGUAAUUGUAUGAUUAUAUAUAUAUGAUUGUAUUAUUUUGUGCUCA